GGAUUCCUCCAAGCAGCUGUGCUCCUUUAUUUAGCGCAGUAGGUGGCGGUAUACAUCUUUCAGUGGUCUUGAAAAUACGUAAUUCAUAAAGGAAGAAGAUUAUUUCUGUGGUAACUUUUACCGGCGCGGCAAAUUUUUUUUUCUGUGAAGCAGAAUCACAGGAACGCAUGUACUGAACUAUUGGAACUAUGUAAGAAGGAGUCGAAGUCUCGUGGUAACUAGUGAAACAUACAACGUUGUUGUUACUAAUUCACGAAUGUCAUGACAGAGUAUGCUGCACGUGCAUUUACGUUCUACUUGCUUGCUUGUUUGUCUCUAAAUAAUCAGAAGAAUCAUAGCUAGCUGUUUUAAGGAUACGACGUACUGUUGUGCAGCUUAGUCUGGCUAAUGGAGUUGACGUUCCUCGGCUUGUUUGGUUUGCCAACAAACUGUAGCUCACCGAAGAAUGUUUAGAGUGAACAGCUAGCCAUAAACACCCUUCUCUGAAUUCAAGACAAAUGACAGCCUGUCAAAAUGAAUGACGCUUGCCCAGAACCAGCUCCGGCCAUCAGGCCCAUAGACCGUCACUCUGUGCAUCAGAUCUGCUCUGGACAGGUUGUCCUGACCUUGGCAACAGCUGUAAAAGAACUGGUGGAAAACAGCAUAGACGCAGGAGCCACCAUUGUUGAAAUCCGGCUGAAAGAGUAUGGAGCAGAGCAGGUGGAAGUGUCAGAUAAUGGAAAAGGGGUGGAUGAGGCCAACUUUGAAGGACUGACCCUGAAGCACCAUACUUCCAAGCUGAGCAACUUCUCAGACCUGAUUCAUGUGGAAACAUUUGGGUUCCGAGGUGAAGCCCUCAGCUCGCUGUGUGCUCUCAGCGACCUGAGCGUGGUGACAUGCCACGAGUCUGCUCAGGUGGGCACGCGCCUGGCGUUUGAUCACAAUGGCCAGCUGACCCAGCGCAGCCCACACCCUCGCCAGCAGGGCACAACGGUGACUCUGCAGCAGCUCUUCUACACUCUGCCUGUACGCCACAAAGAGUUCCAGCGCAACAUCAAGAAGGAAUACUCCAAGAUGGUACAUGUCCUGCAGUCAUACUGUAUCAUCUCCACUGGUGUGCGCAUCACCUGUACUAAUCAGGUGGGCCAGGGCAAGCGAAGCGUUGUUCUCUGUACCAGUGGCAGCCACAGCAUGAAAGACAAUAUUGGAGCAGUGUUUGGACCCAGGCAGCUCCAGAGUGUGGUCCCCUUUCGGCAGCUGCCCCCCACAGAGGCGGUAAAGGAGGAUUACGGUCUUGGAGGGGUGGGAGUGCCUGAGGACUUCUUUACGAUUUCAGGUUUUGUGUCUCAAGGAGAUCACGGUGUGGGCAGAAGCUCCACAGACAGACAGUUCUUCUACAUCAACAACAGGCCCUGUGAUCCAUCAAAGGUCUCCAAACUUGUAAAUGAAGUCUAUCACAUGUUUAACAGACAUCAGUAUCCAUUUGUUGCCUUGAACAUAACUGUUGCUUCAGACUGCGUUGAUGUUAAUGUGACACCGGAUAAGCGUCAGAUCUUCCUCCAAGAAGAGAAGCUGCUGCUGGCCACCGUGAAGAGCUCAAUGAUUGCAAUGUAUGAAACUGGUGUCAACAAGAUCAGCCUCAGCCACACAACUCUGCCCAUGCCUCAUGUAUCUAGAGCAGUCGAUACUUCUACUUCUGUGACAAACCGUGAAAACACAUGUGAUUCUGAAGCUGCCUCUGAAGUCAAAGAUACGGUAGAGCCUGGUCUCACGCAUGCUAAGUCAUCACUGAACUUAGCUGGGCUGAGGGCAGCGUUCUCGCUGCACCAGACAGCGGGUGUGGGCACCAGGGAGAUCGCCAGUACAGUCCCUCACCAAGGCCCAGCUCAGAAGAAGCUGCAGUGCUUUUUCAGGAGCACUGAAAGCAGCAGCAGCAGCAGCAGCAGCGCCAGUGGACCAGCUCUGCAGUCACUUUUCAGACAUUCACGAGAUGCAGUGAAACAUUCCCCUGGGAAGGGGCUGGUGUCACAGGAGAACAGGGGCGAAGGGAAAGCAGGUAGUGACAUAGACUCGGGGAGGGGAAGCACUGUGUCAGAGCGUGACUCGGUCACGGGGACCCCGGAGAGCGUGUGUGGAACUGUGUCAGAGUUCAGCUCCCCAGACACAGAGGAGGUUGAGCCCAGUGUUAAAAGUGAGAGCGCAGGGGGAUCGUGGGAUGAAGAUCAUAAACCUGCUGAGUGCGAGAGCUUAGAGGGAUCCCACGCCGCUGAGGACAGCAGCUCUAGUCCUGGAACAAAGAGAGCGAGGCUGGAUGAGCCCGUCUCUGAAACCUGCACAGCCCAGUCACCUUCAGAAGCUCAGGCCCCUCCUGGCAGGCUGAAGGUGGACACUCCUGUCCAAAUGCGGAAGAGGACCGUUCCGCUGCAGUUCUCCCUGCCUGAGCUGGCAGCCAGGCUGCAGAGGCUGCAGAGACAAGAGAGCGAGCGGGCAGAAGGGCUCAAGUACAGGCGAUUCAGGGCCAGCAUCAGCCCUGGAGAGAACCAGAGUGCUGAGGAUGAGCUGAAGAAGGAGAUCAGCAAGGACAUGUUUAGGGAGAUGGAGAUCAUCGGACAAUUCAACCUGGGCUUCAUCAUUACCAAGCUGAAGUCUGACGUCUUCAUGAUUGACCAGCAUGCCUCAGAUGAGAAGUACAACUUUGAGAUGCUGCAACAGCACACUGUCUUACAAGGGCAGAGACUCAUAGCUCCACAGAAUCUGCAUCUUCCAGCAGUCAGUGAGACUGUAUUGAUUGAGAACUUGGAAAUCUUUCAGAAAAAUGGCUUUGAUUUCAUCAUUGAUGAAAAAGCCCAAGUCACGGAAAGGGUGAAGCUGGUAUCCCUACCCACCAGCAAGAACUGGACCUUUGGCCCUAGUGACAUCGAGGAAAUGAUCUUCAUGCUGAGUGACAGCCCAGGAGUCAUGUGCCGGCCCUCUCGCGUUAGGCAGAUGUUUGCCUCCAGAGCAUGUCGCAAGUCGGUGAUGAUAGGCACUGCACUAAACAUCAGUGAAAUGAAGAAGCUGGUAGUGCAUAUGGGGGAGAUUGAGCAGCCAUGGAACUGCCCACAUGGCCGACCUACCAUGAGGCACCUGGCUAACCUUGACGUGCUCUCACAAGAUUGAAGCUCAUGCUGGGCCUUGGUCAAGCAUGAAUGACUGAUUACUGCUGACUACUGAGAAACACAUACUGUAACAUCACAUUUCAUUGAUCAUGUAACUGAACCAGAGUAUUACAUAAAGCAUUAUACAUUAAAAUGGAACUGAGUUUGAACAAAUACUGGCUUUUAAAAUCUGAAAGCCAUAGCAAGUUUUAGUUUUCAAUAAAAUGUAUGUAUUGUUUAGAGAACCUUAUAUUAAAAUGUUAAAUGGUAUUUUAUGUCAAUGUAGCAGUGCAUUUGCUUUGAAAUGCUGUCCAUUCCAUUUGUGUUAUAAAAACUGCAGAUUUACAUAAAAUGCUCAAUAAAG